GCUUUUGACGUUUGAGUCAAGCUCGACAUGGCGAAGGAGGAGGACAAGCGGGGGGAGGCGGUGCCGCACAAGCACAAGCACACCGUCGGCCAGGAUCCUGACAAGAUUGAGGAGAUCAUCGCUCGGAAUCGGCGGGUGGCCACCCCGUUUGUGCUCAACAAGUGCGAGGCCAAUGCGGCCAAGCACUGGAACCUUUUCUACAAGCACCACGAAGACCGCUUCUUCAAGAACAAGAACUGGACAGAGAAGGAGUUCGAGGUGCUAGGAGGAGCACAGAAGAGACAAGACGAGAUUGGAAAGGAUGGCGCAGAGGUCAAGCAGUCGGGCGACGAGGAAGCGAUAGCAGGGGAUGCUAUCGUCGAGGAAGAGACGGCAGGGCGAGGGAGCGUAUUGCUCGAGGUGGGAUGUGGACCGGGCAAUAUGCUCUACCCCAUCAUCAAGCGCAAUCGAGACAUCAAGGCGCAUGCUUGCGAUUUCUCCUCGCGGGCUGUCGAAAUUCUUGCCUCUAAUCCGGCCUUUGACCCCGACCGCAUCAACGCCUUUGUCCAUGACCUCGUCUCCACCCCUGGCAAAGAGCUUCGAGCCCAGCUGUCGCAACACCCCUUUGGACCUCCGACCGUCGUCUCCCUCAUCUUUGUCCUCUCUGCCAUCCCACCGCAGCACCAUCGCUCCGUUCUGCAGUCUCUCGCCGACUGCCUGCCCGAUGAGGGAGGAGCGCUGUGCUUUCGAGACUUUGCCCGUGGCGACCUGACCCAGCUCCGGUUCCACCAGAAGGCCUCGGCAGCCUGGGCCGAGCCUGCGCUCUUGAGCGAGGAGCAGGCCUUCUAUCGCAGGGGCGACAAUACCUUCACCUACUUCUUCGACGUCGAGGAGCUUCGCCAGCACGCAGAGGUGGUAGGCCUCGAGGGAGAAGUCAGCGUCCGAGAGUCGCACCGGACGAAUCGCAAGACCGGCGUCCACUUGCACAGACGAUUUGUCCAUGCCAAAUGGAGAAAGAAACGAACGACCGCAUAGCGUAACAUAGAAGACCUUUUCCCGCCUCCUUCGCUGUAGCUGCUAGCCACUUGUACUUUUACUUUGCAAUGACCAUCGAUCGGUCAUGAGGUCGAGAGUCUGUCUUACCAGCACAGGCGAGAAAAGCUAGCUCUACC